CGGGCAGCGCGGCUGCUGCGGGCACUGCGGCUGUGGCUGUGCUGCUGCCCGGAUCCCUCAGUGCUUGCAGCUGACACGUGCCUCUGGCAGCCAUGAAUUGGCUCGGCCUCCUCGUCCUGCUGACCGCUGCCGGGCUGGCGCACGGCACAUGGGACAACUGUGGAGGGACCUGCGGGCACCGAGCUGUGGUAUCUGACUAUGGCCUCAUGACUUAUUACUACGGCAACGUGGCUUAUGGCUAUGACAUGACACGUGUUGUGGGUGGCACGAAUGCCCUGCCAGGAGCCUGGCCCUGGAUCGUCAGCAUCCAGCAUCCAUGGAUGCCAGACUUAAGGCAUCUGUGUGGAGGUUCCCUCAUCAGCACUCAGUGGGUCCUCACAGCAGCCCACUGCUUCGACCCCAUCAGGAAAAUCAGCAUGGUGUAUGUGGUGAUUGGGGCCAGCCAGUUGACUCAGCCAGGUCCUGGUGCAGAAGUGCGCAAUAUCAAGCAGUUGCUCGUGCACCAGGCAUACAAUCCUGAUGACAUGAGCUACGAUAUUGCCCUGCUGGAAUUGGACCAUCCUGUCCAGUGCAGCCCCUACAUCCAGCUGGCCUGUGUGCCCGACGCCACGCUGAGAGUGUCAGAGCUGAAGAACUGCUGGGUGGCUGGAUGGGGUUCCACCGCUCCAAGAGCUCAAAAAUCAAGUGAUCACCUGCAGGAGGCCAAAGUCCAGCUCAUCGAUACCAAACUCUGCAACAGCAGCCACUGGUACGCAGGAGAAAUCCACACCCACAACCUGUGUGCUGGUUACCCACAGGGCACCAUCGACACCUGCCAGGGUGACAGCGGUGGUCCUCUCAUGUGCCAAGACAACAACGCUGACUCCUGGUGGGUCAUUGGAGUGACCAGCUGGGGGAAAGGCUGUGCCAGAGCAAGGCGUCCUGGAGUCUACAUCUCCACUCAGUUCUUCUAUGACUGGAUCCUAUUCCAGAUGAGCCUGAGCCCAGAUGGAAAUUCUUCUCCAACAUCACGGGCGUGUAGUAAUUUUUUGACCAUUUCACACCCCUGGUCUCAUUAUAUUACCAUCCCACAACCCUCUCAGAAGCCAUGGCCAAGACCACCCCUCUCUGAAAAGUUGUGUCCAAGAUUACCUCUGUCUCAAAAGUCGUGUCCAAGGCCAACUGCCUCUCAAAAGCCUUGGUCGAGAGCAACCCCCUCUCCAAAACCAAGGCCAAUUACAACAACAUUGGGCAAAGUUAACUCCUGCCCAUUUCCCAUGAAGAUUCUGGUGGAAUUCUUUACUCGAGUGAAGCAACUCCUCCAGCAGAUUCUUGGGCAAAACACAUCUUAA